CUGACAGGAUCUCUAUUUAGAAUGGAGAGGUCAAUGGGCUUCAUCUGGACCCUCCUUUUGAGUGCAGGCAUUGUGUGGAUUGUCUCAUCAGAGACGACAAGGACUGCAUCACCUGUCUGUGGUGGAAUUCUCACAAAGCCUUCAGGGAAAUUCUCCAGCCCCAAGGGACCUACACACUCAGUGUCCUUCAAGUGUAUCUGGUCCAUCCAAGUGGCAUACUCUCACAGAGUCUCACUGGCUUUUCCUCACCUCAAUUUAAGCUGUUCCACUGAAUAUGUUGAAGUACUUGAUGGGACCCCAACUUCUCGUUCUUUGGGGAAAGUGUGCAAUGGACUCUACCUCACCUACCAGUCCUCUUCAAACAUCAUGACUGUUGUGUUCUCUAGAAAUUCGAGCCAGUCCUCUACUUGGUUUGAUGGCUAUUACUAUGCUGAGCUGGAAGCUCCUACAUCGACCGUAGUGCCAACAACUGCUCUACGUUGUGGAGGUCUACUUAUCCAGCCCAAAGGGACAUUUUCUAGCCCAUCGUAUCUGGAAAACUAUCCACACAGUGUGCAAUGUGUCUGGGAGAUUGAAGUGCCAAAGACCUACCAGAUAAGCCUUACCCUGAAAACAUUCAACACUGUCAUGCACAGAAGAUCAGAUGUAUGCAGCAGUCAGCAAGCAAUAUCUGCAGUCACUAGGUUACAGUGCUAAGAACAUAUCUCUGCACAACUCAUCCUGUGAGCCUGAAGUUAUCACAAGAUACAUAAUAUUCAGCAUCCCAUUUAAUGGUUGUGGAACUGUCAUACAGGAAAAAGAUGACACCAUCAUCUACUCCAAUGUGAUUUCCACAAACCAAUCCAGCAGAGUCAUUUCGAGGCUAAAGAACUUCUGCUUACAUCUCUCCUGCAGAAUGAAUAAGAAUAUCAUGGUAGAAGUCAAAUACUUGGCAGAUCACUCCAUUGAUAUUACCAGACAUCAAUAUGGCCAUUAUGGCCUGCAGGUCUCAUUUUAUGAAUCACCAUUGUUUGAACAUCCAGUGAUUGAAACCCCAUACUAUGUACAACUCAACCAGGAUGUAUUCUUUCAACUCAUGCUGAGACAUUUUGACCCAAAUCUGGUGCUUUCUGUAGAUACUUGUGUGGCCUCUCCCUAUGAUGAUGAUUUUGAAACUGUGACCUAUUAUUUAAUUCGACAUGGAUGUGUGAGUGACCCCACCUAUACUGCUUACUCUUCUCCAAACCCCAAUGUUGUCAAGUUCAAGUUUAAUGUCUUCAAGUUUCUUAAACAAUAUGAUGCUGUUUAUCUGAAGUGCCAAAUGGUUAUAUGCAGAGCAGAUGAUGCCUCUUCUCAGUGCCUCCGAGGCUGCACAUUCAGAUCAAAGCGAGAAACGCACCCUGAGUGGGACAAAGUGGAUGUCGUGGUGAGACCAGUUCGUCUACGGAGGGAAACAUCCCUGGAAAAAGAGCCUGCCAUUAUCAGUGGAUCCCCUCAUGAAAAUGAAAGAAGAUACAGUUUCCUUCUUGGGAUCACAGUGCUGCUGGGAAUUAAAAUGUGUUGCUUCUGAAAAAAAAAUUCAUUGAAAAGGAGCUGAGGUCAAACAUUAAGUGGAGCUGAAAGCAAGAACAUCUCCUUGUGAAGUUGGAAUUUGUUUCUGAACAAAGUUAGUUUAAGGUAGUUUCUAGAAAUUGCACAGUGGCAUAGAAGAGAGAACAAUUAGUUUGAAAUAGGUAAAGGUAUCCUUACAGAGUGGUUUUCGUGUGUCUUGAA